ACCGGCCAAUCCCCGUUCACCCGGCCCUCCCCUCACGCGCUCUCACUCGCCGUCCUCCUCAACUCUCUGAAGCUCCGAAGGCCAAAAACCUCGCCGCUCUCGAAUCGCAAGGGAGAGAGCCAGAGAGCGAACCUUUUUUUUUUUUGUUUUCUCUCUUUUCAAUUUUCUUUUGUGUUAGUAGAAAGAUUUGUACUGAGUUUAGAGAGAAUCUCUGCGAAAUCGUUGCCAAUUUUGACGAAGAUAAUGGCAUCGUCGAAGCUGUUGGCAUCUUCGAAUUCGAGAAAUUCGGAUCUAUCCCGGGGUUCUUCUUCUUCUUCUUCAUCGUCUUCUUCUCUUUUAAAGGGUCAAUUUCUCUCCAAUCGUGCCCGGAAUAAUGACAGAGGAACUCUCAGUCUUAGCUCAAUGACCGUCGAUGGCCUACUUCGCAAUGGCUAUGACUCCAAUCCCACGGAGUCCAUUCUCUUAGAUGCCCAGAUCACGCUCGUUGAUUCCCCCAACCCUUCUUCCUUUCCCAUGAAUGCCACCGCCACCAAUUCCUCAGCCGUCAUUGAUACCAAUCACACUGCUUCAUCUGCUGCCCCCAAAACUGUGGAUGAUGUGUGGAGGGAGAUUGUAUCUGGUGAGAGAAAGGAGUUGAAGGAGGAGGUCGCGGACGAGUUGAUAACACUGGAGGAUUUCCUUGUUAAGACUGGAGCUGUUCCUGUUGAGGACGUGAAGUUACCUCAGACAGAGAGGCUGAGUGGAGGGAUUUAUAGUUUUGAUCCAAUUCCACCCACCCAAUUCCAGGCAUUGGAUAAGGUCGAAGGAUCCAUAAUCGGAUUUGGAAGUGGGGUCGAUUUGAUUGGCAGUGGAGGCAGUGGAGGGAGAGGGAAGAGAGGGCGAGCUGCUUUGGAACCUUUAGAUAAGGCCGCUGAGCAAAGGCAGAGGAGAAUGAUCAAGAAUAGGGAAUCCGCGGCAAGAUCUAGGGAACGGAAGCAGGCUUAUCAAGUGGAAUUAGAAUCGUUAGCUGUAAGAUUAGAGGAGGAGAAUGAGCGGCUUUUGAGGGAAAAGGCUGAGAGGACCAAGGAAAGGUUUAAGCAGCUAAUGGAAAAAGUGAUUCCUGUAGUGGAAAAGCGACGACCACCACGAGUCAUUCGACGAGUUCAUUCGAUGACGUGGUGAAACUAUUCAUCAUCGCUGAGGUGUUCGAAUGAUAACAAACGCUGUAAUGGCCAUAGUAUUAACGUUACCAAAAACAAAUUCUUUGCUGCUGAUCGUUGAGGAGCAUAUGGGGUGUUCUGCGAGAAAAAUCGCAGCUAUCAUAAUCCUUUUAUCAAAGAACAGAUCGAAGGAGACAGACUACAAGGAGAUACAUGAAAGAAGAAGAUUGACAGGUAUUAAAAGUAGAGCAAAUAAACUAGAACUUGGGGUGCUCAACUGGCUGUGUCUCACAAUUUUUGAUGCAUGAGAAAGUAAAUAGAGGAAGUUGAGUAGCAUUUUCAUGCCAUGUUGGAUAGUGGAAAUCUAACAACAUUGACAAAACUAGUCCUUGUUUUGUUACAAUACUUGCUAGGAUAGUGUGGUGGUGUUAGAGGGGUAUAUAUAAUUUAUUAUUUUAUUUUUCCUUGAAGUUCUCGCCCUGCUCCCCCCAAAGCAUAUUAAUACUUCAUUUUGAUCGGAGAACAUAUAAGAAUCUGUUUAAUGGAUGAAACAGAAGAUUGACUCGCU